UACAAUGGAGUAAAAAUAACUAAAUUAAAGUUACCACUCGCUGUACACAAUGGAACAGGCCCCAUAGAACUAAUAUGUGGUUAUAGAAUUGGAAGACAUGAAAAUGGUCUAGUUGUAAAAUGGUUUCAUGAUUUGGAACAAAUUUACCAAUGGAUUCCACCAAUGCCACCUCAAAUUAAUGGUAUAAUUUCCGGUCUAACUGAAUAUCUACCUGAGAAUACUAAUAAGCCGUUAUCACAUUCAAUUAUUCGACUGAAAAAAGUAAAUCUUGCUAUGACUGGAGUUUACACUUGUAAAAUUAGUACUAUUCUUGAAGACAUUGCAGAGUCAAGAAAAAUGACAGUUUAUGUUCCUGAUCAGAAGUUGAAUAUUUAUGCGGAUUACUACAACAACACUCACAUAAACUUGACAUGUGUUGCUAAAGGUGCUCGUCCAAGUCCCAUUUUAACAAUCAUCGUUGACGGUAAACAGCUGGACAAUCGCAGCAUUCGCAUAGAAAAUUAUCGAAAUUAUCCAUGGAUCAAGCAAGAAGCUAUCGUUUCUAAUUAUUCAAAUCCAGCAAUUAUUCAGUGUGAAAUAACCAUACCUGGAACAGGAUAUAGAAAACGAGAAAAAUUAAUUUAUUAUUACAAUAAGCAAUUGGAAAGAAAUCAUAAUCUUCAACUACGUCCGUCAUUGAUAAUGGCAAUAACGAAUGUUUUUUUGACAUUUAUAUUUUCUAAUGGCUGA